AUGUCAUAAUAACUAUUUAAGGCUUAUUUCCUAUCCAUUAAUCAUACUUUCAAGGAUCUCCCAAAAGGUAAUUUCUAUUGGCGAUUUUUCAAAAGAGAUUUGGGUAGAAUUAUCAAUAUGCCAUGUCCUGUUGACAGUCCUAAUUAAGAAUCUGAUAUCUUAAUUUUUAAGGAAUUGAGAGCAUAAAUUGGAAUCUAAGAGGAAAAUGUUUGUUCAAAUUGUCCUUUUAAUGCAAAAUGUGUAAAAGCAUUUUAAUAGUUUGAUACUGGUAAUAUGCAAAAUUUACUUCUUCCUAAUCUCUCUAGAUUUUUAGAAUCAAUCAGUCUUUAUAAUUUGAAUAUGUAUCAAUUACUAAUUAAAUAAGACAAAAUUUAGAUGAUUCCAAAAGUUUUUGGUUGGCAAGUAAUAGAAUUCUAGAUACUUUUCAUGCUAUUCUUAUUGACUUUCAAAAAAAUUAAAAUUAGAUUAAUCAACUAUUUCUUAAGGAUUAAUAAAAUGAUUCAGAUGUUGAUAAUAAUAAUUAAACUAAAUAAACCCAAAAAUCAGAAAAAUAUUAUAGAACAGCUGAUUUUUUGAAUGAAAAUGAAAAAUUAUAAACAUCUUAAGAAUAUGAAAAAAUAAAUGCAAAAAAUGAUAAUGUAAAAGUUAAGAAAUAUUAAAAUGAUAAUCAAAAAAUAAAUAAAAAGAAUAAUACAAUUUAAAAUAGAAAUAAUUAUGAAGGAAAGAGAUCAAAAAGUGAAAGAUAAAAUAGGGAACAAAAUAAACACUCAAAGCAUAUAAAUUAAGUAAGAUCAGAAAACUAAAAGGAUAAUUCUAUAGAUAAAGGAACAUAAAAAAAAUAAAAAGCAAUAUAAAUAAAAAAUGAAAAAUAGAUUAAAAAAAAUAUGAAAUUUCGUAUUGCUUAAUGAGGU